AUGAGCGUUAUGUAUGCUUCGAUACAUAGUUCUCCGAUUAUUAAUUCGACGAUAUUUCCAAGUAAAACAAAACCUAAAGAAAUUCCCCCUCCAUAUCUUCGGCCUACAUGGAUUGAUAUCGAUCUAGAUCUUGUUCGAAUCAAUGUUCAAAAUCUGAAAAAAUACAUCGGUGAUAAUGUUCAUCUGAUGGCUGUUGUCAAAGCCAAUGCGUAUGGGUACGGCAUCAUGGAAAUCGCUCGUACUUCUUUAUCUGCCGGUGCAACUUGGAUCGGUGUGGCGACAUUGGAUGAGGCACUUGUUCUACGACGUGAAAUCGCGAAACAUAUUCCAAUUCUUGUUCUCGGCUAUGUUCCCGUCGAACAUUUAUCGCGAGCAAGUGAAGCAAAUGUGACGAUCACUGGCAUUUCGUUGGAAUGGUUACAAGAAGCUGAUCAAGCUAUUGAACAGCCGGUUGAUUUUCAUCUGAAAAUUGAUACAGGCAUGAACCGACUUGGUUGCAGAACCGAAGAUGAAGUGAAAAAGGUGAUAGAUAUUGUCUCUCGAAAUCCCAAGUUACGAUUCACUGGUGCCUUUACACAUUUCGCCACUUCAGAAGAUCUAACAAAUCGAACUUAUUUCUUAAGACAACUGAGUCGAUUCAAACAGUUUCUUGAAAUUAUUCCCAAUCGUUCGGAAAAACUCAUUCAUUGCUCGAAUUCCGGCGCAACGCUAUACCAUGACGAAAAACCUUUCUAUAACAUGGUACGAUGUGGCAAAGCGUUAACAGGUCCACCCAAUGAACCUCUAAAAGCCUUCUUGCCAAUAACACUUCAAUCAGUUAUUUCCCUUCAUUCCGUUCUCAGUCUUGUCAAAGAAGUCGAAGCCGGCGAAAAGAUUGGCUAUGCAGAUACGUAUACGACAACGAAGAAACAAUGGAUUGGUACUGUACCAAUAGGUUACGGUGACGGAUGGCAUCAAAAUCUCAAACCAACAGGUGUUCUUGUCGAAGGACAACGUAUGGAAAUCGUUGGGCGAAUAUCAAUGGAUCAAUUGAUGGUCGGUCUUGACCGUGAAUAUCCUGUUGGAACUCGCGUUACUUUCAUUGGUCAACAAGGAAAUAUGACAAUUACCGGAGAUGAAGUUGCUAGCGCCGCGAAGAUUCCUCGAUCGGAAGUCUUUAGCGCAAUAUCAAGUCGCGUACCUCGUAUAUACAAAGACAACAACACGAUUAUCAUUCCCAAUUCUGCGCAUCGAAACGUCUUUCAGGCGAUUCCAUAUGUUUUACCAAUGCUAGUACAUCUUUCUUUUUGCUAA